AUGACGCAGCUUCGCAACAUGCUCGGCGCCCUGCUCCUCGCCCCUCUCGCCAUGGGCGCCUCACCCUUGACCCCGCGACACGAGGCUGGUCGCUGUGCCAUUCGCGGCCACUGCGGCUCCAAGAGCUGGUUCGGCAAGCAGCUGCCGUGCGUUGACAACGGCCUCGCCGAGGACCCUGAUGAGGAGCUUCGCAACCAGAUCAUGGAGGUUUGCGGAGAGAAAUGGGCCUCGGGUCCCGUCUGCUGUGACGCCGAACAGGUGACGGCUCUCUCUUCGAAUCUCGGCACCCCGAAACAGAUCCUCUCCUCCUGUCCUGCAUGCAAGGAGAACUUCUUCAACCUCUUCUGCACCUUCACCUGCUCGCCCGAUCAGUCCCUCUUCCUCAACGUCACCAAGACGCAGGACAAAAAUGGCAAGACCAUGGUCACCGAGCUCGACCAGCUCAUCUCCGAGACGUACGGAACUGGCUUCUACGACAGCUGCAAGGAGGUCAAGUUUGGUCCGUCCAACUCCAAGGCCAUGGAUUUUAUCGGCGGCAGCGCCAAGAACUACUCCCAGAUGCUCAAGUUCCUCGGCGACGAGAAGGCCAUCGGCUCUCCAUUCCAGAUCAACUUCCCCACCGAGUACGACGAGCCACACAUGGGCCCUCUGGAUAUGGCACCCAAAAAGUGCAACGACGAAGACCCCAACUUCCGCUGUGCGUGCGUCGACUGUCCCGAGGUCUGCCCCGAGCUGCCUGCCGUCAGACCCCCCGGCUCGUGCCACGUCGGCGCCCUGCCCUGUUUGUCCUUCGCCUCCAUCUUCAGCUACAGCGUCCUUCUCUUCUCCGCCAUUGCUGCCGUCAUCGGCCACGUCGCCUGGAGGCGUCAUGCGCGCCGCCGUAGCGAGAGGUUGAGACUCCUGCAGGACGCCUCUCCCAGCGACGACGAGGACGAAGGCGACCUCGUCCAGAACGGUGCCAUGCUCGACCGGCCUCAGCGCUACUACAAGAUCAACACCUGGUGCGAUGCUGCUUUUAGCAAGCUCGGCCAUUUUGCCGCUCGCUUCCCGGCCAUCACCAUCGGCACAAGCAUCGUCCUUGUCGCUGUCCUGUCCGCCGGCCUGGUGCGCUUUGAUCUCGAACGCAACCCCGCCCGUCUCUGGGUCAGCCCGACAUCUGCCGCCGCCGAGGAAAAGGCCUUCUUCGAUGCCAACUUUGGCCCCUUCUACCGUGCCGAGAAGGUCUUCCUGGUCAACGAUACCCUUCCCCGAGGAUCCGGAACUGUUCUCAGCUACGAGACGCUCCUGUGGUGGAUGGAGAUCGAGAAGAGCGUCUUGAGCCUCAAGGGUCCCAACUACGGUGCCACGCUGACGGACGUCUGUUUCAAGCCCGAUGGCACCAACUGUGUCGUCCAGUCCGUGUCGGCCUACUUCAGCAACGAGCCCUCCCUGGUCGACAAGCGCCACUGGCAGGAAGAUCUCCGUGCCUGCGCCAAGUCUCCCGUCGAGUGCCGGCCGGAGUACGGACAACCCCUCGAGCCCAACGCGAUUCUUGGCGAUUGGGGCAGCGACCCUGUCAACGCGACCGCCAUGACAGUCAACUGGGUCGUGAAGAAUGCCGAAGAGAACAGCCCCGAGGUGGAGCGCGCCAUGGACUGGGAGCGUGCUCUUCGCGACCGCCUGCUUGAGGUGCAGAAAGAAGCCGAGGAGCGUGGUCUGAGGCUCUCCUUCAGCACCGAGAUCAGUCUGGAACAGGAACUCAAUAAGUCGACCAACACGGACGCCAAGAUUGUCGUCAUCAGCUACCUCGUCAUGUUCCUCUACGCCUCUUUUGCGCUUGGCUCCACGACCUUGUCGAUUCGUGAAAUGGUCCGGAACCCCGCCAUUGCCUUCGUUCAGUCCAAGUUUACGCUUGGCGUUGUUGGCAUUCUCAUUGUUCUCAUGUCCAUCUCUGCCUCGAUCGGCCUGUUCUCGUGGGCUGGCCUCAAGGCUACCCUCAUUAUCGCCGAGGUUAUCCCAUUCAUCGUCCUUGCUGUUGGUGUCGACAACAUCUUCCUCAUCGUUCACGAAUUUGAGCGAGUCAAUGUCAGCCACCCCGACAGCAUGGUCGAGGAGAGGGUUGCCAAGGCGCUCGGCCGCAUGGGUCCUUCGAUCCUGCUGUCUGCUCUCACCGAGACGGUGUCCUUCGCCCUCGGCGCCUUUGUUGGUAUGCCGGCUGUCCGCAACUUUGCGGCCUACGCAGCGGGUGCGGUCUUCAUCAACGCCAUUCUCCAGAUCACCAUGUUCGUCUCCGUCUUGGCGCUCAACCAGAUGCGCGUUGAGGAUCACCGAGCCGACUGCUUCCCCUGCAUUCAGGUCAAGGCCGCCCGGGUCCACCUUGCUGGCGGCAACGGCAAUGCAAACGCUCGUUAUUAUGAGGUUCCCGAGGAGAGCUGGCUGCAGCAAUUUAUCCGCAGGACCUACGCACCCUUCAUACUCGGAAAGAAGGUCAAGACAGUCAUCAUCGCUGUCUUCCUCGGCUUCUUCGCUGCGGGCAUCGCGCUUAUCCCUGAAGUCAAGCUCGGCCUCGACCAGCGCGUGGCACUGCCCGAUGAUUCGUACCUCAUUCCCUUCUUCAAUGACCUAUACAACUACCUUGACACCGGCCCACCCGUCUACUUUGUCACUCGCGAACUCAACGUCACCGAGAGGCAGCACCAGCAGGAAAUCUGCGCCCGCUUCACCACAUGCGAGCAAACGUCCCUGGCCAAUCUCCUCGAGGGCGAGCGCAAGCGUCCCGAAGUUUCGUUCAUUGCGACGCCCGCCGCCAGCUGGGUCGACGACUUCUUCUUCUGGCUCAACCCCGACCUGGGUGAUCAGUGCUGUGUCGAGAACGGCAAGGCAUGCUUCGCGGACCGUGAUCCUGAGUGGGACAUUACCCUGCAUGGCAUGCCCGAGGGUGAUGAGUUUGUGCAUUACUUGGAGAAGUUUUUGACGUCGCCGACGAACGCCGACUGUCCCCUCGGAGGCCAGGCUGCCUACAGCGAUGCCGUCGUCAUCGACAAGAAGAGGGAGACCAUUGCGGCCAGCCACUUCCGAGCCAUGCACACACCUCUGCGCAGCCAGGAUGAUUUUAUCCACGCCAUGUCCGCGGCGCGUCGCAUUGCAUCCGAAAUCAAGAAGGAGACUGGUGUUGAGGUCUUCCCCUACAGUCUUUUCUACAUCUUCUUCGACCAGUACGCAACGAUUGUCUCGUUGGCCGGCAAGCUUCUCGGAUCGGCCGUCGCCAUCAUCUUUGUCAUCGCCACGAUCCUGCUCGGUUCGCCUCUGACUGCGCUCGUCGUGACAAUCACCGUGUGCAUGACGGUCGUUGACAUUAUCGGUGCCAUGGCCGUCUUCGACGUCUCGCUCAACGCCGUCUCUCUCGUCAACCUCAUCAUUUGCGUUGGUAUCGGUGUCGAGUUUUGCGCCCAUAUUGCCCGCGCCUUCAUGUUCCCCUCGCGUACCGUCAUGGAGCGCGCUAAGAACCGCUUCCGCGGCCGCGACGCCCGCGCCUGGACCGCUCUCGUCAACGUCGGUGCCUCCGUCUUCUCGGGCAUCACGGUCACCAAGCUCCUCGGCGUCUGUGUCCUCGCAUUCACGCGUUCCAAGAUUUUUGAGAUUUACUACUUCCGCGUCUGGCUCGCGCUCGUCGUCUUCGCGGCGACGCAUGCGCUCAUCUUCCUGCCCGUGGCGCUCAGUCUAUUGGGCGGAGCGGGCUACGUUGAUCCCGAGAGCGAGGGCGGCCUGGAGCAGGAUCUCGCCAGCCGGCGCUACAGGGCGCUCGUGCCUGACGGAGAGUCGGACUCUGAAGACGACUACUAG